GUUAGUGCGUUCUACGCCAUCUUUAAAUUAAAAUUUUUACAAUUUCUCUUUCUUUAUUGAGUCAGCCAUUAAUUGUGUCUGUACAGUCUUAAACCAUGACUAAUUCAAAAGGUUAUCGUCGUGGUACUCGGGAUUUAUUUUCCCGCAAAUUCCGCAAACAUGGAACUAUUCCUCUGUCGACGUACAUGAAAGUCUAUAAAGUUGGUGACAUAGUUGACAUCAAAGGUAACGGAGCAGUUCAGAAGGGUAUGCCGUACAAGGUUUAUCAUGGCAAGACAGGACGCGUAUUCAAUGUAACACCUCAUGCACUUGGAGUUAUUGUUAAUAAGAGGGUGCGUGGACGCAUCAUUGCCAAGCGUAUCAAUGUACGCAUUGAACAUCUUACUCAUUCCAAAUGUAGAGAAGAUUUCCUUAAACGUGUUAAGGAAAAUGAAAGGCUUAGGAAAGAAGCCAAAGAAAACAAAGUCCAAGUUCAACUUAAAAGACAACCAGCCGAACCAUCAAAAGCUCAUAUUGUCUCAGGACGUGAGGCACCCAUCUUAUUAGCACCUAUUCCUUAUGAGUUUAUUGCUUAAGUGUUGCAAUAAACAUCUUUUAAAGUA